AUGGCCUCGCAAGCGCAAGGAGCUCCGAGCUCCGACAAGAAGAAGCCCAGCCCUCUGCGAUCCAUCAUUGCUGGUUCCACGGCCGGCGCCAUUGAAAUUGCCAUCACAUAUCCCGCCGAGUUCGCCAAGACCCGGUCGCAAUUGAACCGCCGUCUGGCAGAGGGACAGAAGCUGCCGUGGCCGCCGUUUGGCAAGCAGUGGUAUGCGGGAUGCACGACGCUGAUUAUCGGCAACUCUGCCAAGGCUGGCAUCCGAUUCGUUGCCUUUGAUCAGUACAAGGCCCUUCUCGCCGACGAGAAUGGCAAGCUCAGCGGCCCACGCACCGUCCUCGCCGGCUUCGGCGCGGGCAUUACAGAAUCCCUCCUCGCCGUCACGCCGACCGAGAGCAUCAAGACGACACUCAUCGACGACCGCAAGUCGGCCAAGCCCCGCCUGCGCGGCUUCCUCCACGCCGUGCCCAUCAUCGCCCGCGAGCGCGGCAUCCGCGGCUUCUUCCAGGGCUUCGUGCCGACGACGCUGCGCCAGUCGGCCAACAGCGCGACGCGCUUCGGCUCCUACACCUUCUUCAAGCAAAUCGCCGAGUCGUACACGGCGCCCGGCGAGAAGCUCGGCACCGCCGGCACCUUUGGCAUCGGCGGCCUCGCCGGCCUCGUCACCGUCUUCGUCACCCAGCCCCUCGACACCCUCAAGACGCGCAUGCAGAGCCCCGAGGCCAAGCAGACGUACGGCAACACGCUGCGCUGCGCCGGCAUGAUCCUCAAGAACGAGGGCAUCCGCACGUUCUGGAGCGGCGCGGUGCCACGCCUGGUGCGCCUGGUGCUGAGCGGCGGCAUUGUGUUCACCAUGUACGAGAAGAGCAUGGAGCUCAUGAAUAAGCUGGAUCCGGAGAUGAAGUAUCUGUAA